AUAGCCCCUUCGCCUCAGCGCUCUGCAUCACAGCACACACUGGUCGAUCGAUCACACUGGUAGGCUCAGCUCAGCUCGGAGCUUCAGUGCUUGCCACACACACACAGAGGUCGAUCGAGCAAGCUCGGCAGCUGCAGCUCAGCACCAAUGGCCACCGUCGAGGUGCAGGUCCCGACCGCCACGUUGCCCGCCGAGGAGGCUCCGGCGGUGGCGGAGGCUGUCCAGCAGACGGCCUUCGUCGCCGAGGAGGCCCCGAAGGAGGAAGCCGCUGUUCCCGCCGUGGAGGAGACCCCGGCCGCGGAGGCAGCUCCGGCCGGGGCGGAGGUCGCCAAGGAGCCCGAGGCGGAGGCGGCUCCUGCCGAGCCCGAGACCGAGACCGAGACCAAGGAGGUUGAGGCAGUGGCUGCUCCGGCUGAGGCAGAGACCAAGGAGGCAGAGCCGGAGGCGGCGCUGGCCGAGACCGAGACCAAGGAGGCGGAGCCUGAGGUGGCGCCGGCCGAGGCAGAGACCAAGGAGGCAGAGCCUGUGGCGGCGCCGGCCGUGGCAGAGACCAAGGAGGCAGAGCCCGAGGCAGCUCCGGUGGCCGAGGCCGAGAUCAAGGAGGCGGUGCCAGCUGCUACCGAGACCGAGGUAGAGGCCGCACCGGCCGACACCGAGGCUGAGGAGAAGGAACCGGAGGCCGUGCCGGCUGAGGAGGAGGCGCCUGACGCGGCGGCUCCAGAGGCCGCGCUGGCUCCGGAGGAAGCGCCGGCCACCGCAGCGGUCGAGGAGAAGACCGUGGCCGUGGAGGAGGCGGCGGCGCCGGCGGAGGCCGAGGUGGCGGCCCCUGCUCCCGAGGCCGCCGACAAGUCGGAGUAAGUGUGGCGGGCGUAUCCGUCCCGCCGCGCACGUGCGAUCCGCGAUCUAGCCGUCUCGUGCCUCGGCACGGCAUGGCGCCGGCGUGGGUCGCUGCCUUCGUGGACGCGCCGCCGCCGCCGUCCGGGUUCACGUUCGUGUCGUAGCUACGUGGGGCCCGUAUCGUCUCGUGUGUGUUGAAUAAUGUAUCUGUGUGUUAUUACGUGUGCGUGGGGUUGGGGGCCCCCGGUGUCAGUGCUGAUGUGGCCUGGCUUGACGGCACAUCGGCAGCGGCCGGGCCUUGGAGCUCGCCGUCGUUUUAAAUUUGUUGGUUGAUACGUGUAUCGUGUACUAUGUUGUCGGGUGUAUUUGCACUAGUCAAUCAAAAAAUUUUCCUGCUUUUGAACUGUCA